GAGAGAGAGAAUGUGUGUGUGAGAGAGAGAUGCAGCGAGCGGAGCUCCGGCGCACGGAGAGGCGGCGAGUGAUGUACUUGCGUUGCGCGCCCGUGAACCAACCCCCCUACUCGCCGCUCCUUCUGCAAUCCACCGACACGAGUCCCGGGUCACCGCCAGCGACAGAUAGAUAGCAAUCACAGACGACAGCAACAACGACAAGAGAGCCAAACAAAAACGCCACAGGAAUCCACCGGGAAGCGGCGGGCAGUCGGGAGUACUGGAGGAUGUGAGUGAGCCACGGCGCGCUGAAUGACUGGGAAGAGCGCGUCUGCAUUGCUGCCGUCUCCAGCCCGCCAGCACUCUCCCUCUCCUCCCGGCAGCAGUCUGCUCGGAGCAGCGUCAUGUCCCAGGUUAUGCCUUACAGCGAAGAAAAGAUUGCGCACUAUGGCGACGCGGCGGAGGUGGGCCAGCCCCUCUUCACCUGCCGCCUUCAGGACACCGGCAAUUUCUUCGGGUCCGCUCCGAACAAGAGGGCGCCCAAGCUGGGCCAAAUCGGCAGGAGCAAGCGGGUUGUCAUAGAAGAUGACAGAAUUGACGACGUGUUGAAAACUAUGACAGAGAAAUCCCCGCCUGGCGUUUAAACGAAACGACUCCGCGAUGCGUUCGACAAUAACCCUUAAAGCAAGUCUUUUGGUUAAAAUGCAAGCAGUUUGAGACACUUUAAAAAGCUGUGCGCCGUGUUACUAAAACAGAAAACUAUUGUAUUUCACGCUUAGACACGAGGGUGAGCAGGGGAAGAGGGCCAGGUAAAUGAGGUGAGGCUUAGCGUUGGUCCGCGGCUGUCGUCUAUACGGACAUUGUUUUAACCCCCCACGUUACAGCUUGUCUCUGGCGGACUGGCGAAAGCCAGCGAGCGGCUAAGCAUCGGGACGGGAGAAUGUAGCAAGCACACCCGUGUGUAUAAUACAUCAGUGUAUCGUGUUGCUACCCGCCUGUAAUUAUGAAUGGAGCGCCGUGUUUACAUUUUCUUUACCGCGCGAACACUAUAAUACCGUGCACUUUGGAUGUGAAACUUUAUUUUUAUUCCCCUCCCCCUUUAUUGCAACGUCGAGGAAUGUUAAAAAUAAUAUUUUAUAGGAAUGAAGAGAAUGUUUCUUUCUAACUUAAAACUUCCCGUGCAGCUUGAACCCCACCCCCUUGCUAAAAUGCAGCCUGCUGAAUUUAAAGUGGAAAGGAAUAUUUUAUAUAUUAGGAUUUAUAAACGAUAUCCUACCGUGCAGUCAUGACGUACCUUUGUUAUCGUGCAGUCAUCUACUUUCUAGAAUGUAUGAAGCGCCAUCACAACAGUGCCAAAUUUCUCGAGAAUGCCAGCAUUCGGCUAUCAGUUUGCCUGUGGUCUUGGUGAAUGUAUAAUUUAAUGCUACUUGGCUGCCAGUUUUUAUGUUAAAGAGACUAAAUUUCCUUUCUUACUGGUGAGAUAGCACCGCAUGAACCUGUGUAAAACGCCUGGUGUGGCGGUUUCGUUCCUAUGAAUCUUGUUUGCAACUUUGAACGGUAGACCUCGAUAUUUUAAAUUCUUAAUUGAAUAUAUCGAAUGUUGCAUCUCUCUCUCCAUAGGGCUAUACUACAAAGUAAAAUAAAAAGAUAAACGAUAUCUAUGUGUGUGUGUGAGAGAGGGUUUUCUGUGUGAGUAAGAGUGUUUGCAUAUAUGUGCUCGUGUGUGUGUGCUUGAGUGUGUGUGUGUGUGUUUCUGUGUAUGUUUGUGCAUGUGUAUUUGUGUGUGUGUGUCUGUGUCUGUGUGUUCGUGUUUCUGCGUGUGUGUCUGUGGAUGCGUGUUUCUGUGUGUAUGUGUUCGAAUUGUAAUUGGUUUAUUAUUGUCACAUGUACGGAGAUACAGUGAAAAGUUUGCCGUGCAUUGAGGUAGAAGAAGGAAAAUCAAUAACAGAAUGUAGAAUGAAGUGUAACAGCUACAGAGAAAGUGCAGAUAAGCAGUUAGGUGCAAGAUCAUACCGAGUAGUUUGUCCGGUCAAGAGUUGCUUUCAUUCUAGCAAAGAACGGUUGCAACAUGUAAGAGAAGUUUGGAUAGGUACGUGGAUGGGAGGGGUCUGGGGGCAAUGCUCCAGGUGCGGGUGGAUGCGACUAGGCAGAAUAACAUUUCAACAUGGACUGGAUGAGCCGAUUGGCCCGUUUCUGUGCUGUAGUGUCUGUGACUCUCACCAUUUACUAGUCCUGAAAGGUGUGCGCUGGAGGCUGGUUUUGAGCCUGCUUGAUAUGUGCUUUCAGGUGUGUGUGUGUGUGUUGUAUGUGUGUGAGUGUAUGUGUAUGUAUGUUGUGUGUGUGAUGUGUUGUGUAUGUGUUGUGUGUGUGUGUGUGUGUGUGUGUGUUUGUGUUUGGAAUGUUUCUCGCAUCAGUUUAUUACGUGGUGAAUUCCAGUAAUCAGGUGAAUUCGUACGAGGUGUGCGUGUGUGAGACGGGUAAACGCGGGAGACCCACUGGAAUCGACAUUAACUAUAUAGAUAAGAGAUGCGUGCAUGCUGCACGACCCAGUGUGACUAUAAGGCAAUUGUAGCACAAACAUUACAUACUGACCCGGACCAGUUGGUCCGUGAACUAGAAUGAACUGUUUACAAAUCAGCAACAUACAUCAAAGUUGCUGGUGAACGCAGC